AUGAAACUCCUAGCAUGGAAUGCCCGUGGGCUUGGGAACCCACGAGGCAUUCGUCACCUUUGCGAUUUGACGAAGAGGGAAGCGCCCGAUGUUCUUUUCCUUCAAGAGACAAGGCUUAGUGUGAGAGAUGUUGAAAAAUGUAAGUUCAAACUUGGUUUUUCCAACUGUUUAGCCAUAUGUUCUAAUGCUAGAAACGGGGGUCUUGCUUUAUAUUGGGGAAAAGAAGUUGCUCUUUCAAUUGUUAAUUUUUCUUCAAUUCACAUAGAUGCUGAAAUUAGUGAUGACAAUGUAGUUGGAGGGCGUUGGUUUUUAACAGCCUUGUAUGGGGUUCCUGAAACUCAUUUACGGCAUAGAAGCUGGUCUCUUCUUAGGAGUCUUAGACAUUCACGUGGGGAGGCAUGGUUAGUCAUGGGUGAUUUGAAUGAAACGAUGUUCCAUCAUGAAAAACAGGGGGGGAAUCCUAAACCAGAAAAUCAAUUAUCUGCUUUCCGAGAUAUAGUUGAGGAGUGUGAAUUAUGUGACUUGGGGUUUACUGGGUAUAAAUAUACGUGGUCAAAUAGGAAAGAAGGUUCUUCCUGUAUCAAUGAACGUUUGGAUAGGUUUCUUGCCAACUCAACUUGGUGGAAUUCUUAUCCGAAUGCGAAGGUAGUUCACGACUUUGUGGCUUAUUCCGACCAUCUCCCAAUUUGGUUGGAAUUGGAGGGUGAUACUAUUGUUCCUUAUAAAAAGAAAAAAGUCUUUUGGUUUGAGGAAAUGUGGGUUGGAAAUCUUGAUUGUGAAGCUAUCAUUAAGGAUACAUGGAGAAUGGGUAAUGUUCACUCAAGAUUGGAGAAUGUGGUGGAUAUGAUUAGGAAGAGUGGUGUCAAGUUGUAG